UGUUUAGAUGUUUAUUCUAUUACUAAGAGUUUCUACUGUGUUGUAGUUAUUCUCAAUAUAGUUACUACUAUUUAAUUGUGAGAAUAACAAAGUAAUUUGUUUUAUUUUAUUGUUAUAUGCUACAACUGCAUUAUUUAAUGUCAUACACCACAUUCCCAUAGGUGAACAAGUAAAUACCAUAAAUAUUUACAAUAAUACGUCAAUAUGGAUUCAAUAAAAUCAGCAUUAGAAAAUAUUCAAUCUGAUAAUGGCAAAAUGUGUGGAAGUUUACAUUAUAUACGUUCAAAUAUGAUGAAAAACCAUGCUAUUAAUGAACUUCGAGAACUUGGUGGUAUCAAAAUAUUGAUGAAGUGCUUAAAACAAGUUAACCCAAAAGUAUUAUCAUUAACUUUAAGUAUUCUUGCAAACUGUAGCAUGAAUGAAGCAUGCCGUGACCAAUUGAUUGAUUAUGGCGUUGUUAAAGAUCUUGUUUUUAUAAUGAAAAAUAUUAAUGUUGAAUCAAUUGAUAAUCGCACUUGUCGAAUGAUUGCCAACCUUGCUAUAUCUGAAGCCAAUAUUCCAGUUAUAUUCAAACAUAGUCUCCCUAGUUUAAUUGUAAAAAUAUUAUUGAAUACUAAGUGUGAUAUUACAAGAUAUUCAGGAAUUCGAGCUAUUAGAAAAAUGUGGGAAAAUUCAACAAAAUAUGGUUCUGCAGAACUGUUGAAAUGUGAUGCUGUCCGAGUUAUAUGUUCACUCUUAACAUCAAAAAAUAAAAAUAUAGUCAUUGCUGUUUUACGAGCCCAUAUUUCAUUUUUAGUAAAACCUACUAAUUUAUCAAGUGCAUUAACUGCUUAUACCACUGUAAAACAGGUUUUAGGAAAUGAACCUGAAACUACUUUAAAUAAUUUAAUGGAUUUAUUACCAACACAACCUUUAGUUAAGAGAAUUAUAUACCAGCUUUGUAAAAUACAAAAUAAUAAACAACGAUUACAUUCAUCCCGCCUUAUUAUGUGUAUAACUGAUGUUCUUAAAACUGAAGAUAAUCGCUAUUUAAGAAUAGCACUGUGCCAUUUACUAGAAUGUCCAAUGAAUCGCGAAUCAUUUUCAAGAACAGAAAAUGGAAUAAGUGUUUUUAUGGACUUAAUGACUGGAACAGACUCAUCUUUAACAGACUUAGCAAUUUAUACCUUAAUACACUUUAAAUAUUGCAAAGAUGCGUUAGAAAAAAUGGUAAAAAAAGGUUUAGUUUCAAUAUUAAUCAAAAAUUUAUCUUUGUACAUACAAUCACAUAAAGUAUCUGCCUUGUGUCAGCCAGAAACAAAUAUUAAAUCUAAUGAAACCAAAGCAUUAACUGUUGGAACUAUUGGCUCAGAUACACCCAUACUGAAACAAACUCCGUUAAAAGAAAAUUGGACUUCAUCAAAAGAAGAUGAUAUUACUAUAGACUCACACUCUCCAUAUUAUUCACCAGUGUGUGAGUCAUAUGAAAAUGAGUCAUUUAAUGCUGAUGAAUCCAAAUCUGAUGUCAGUGACUUUGAAUUGCAGGGUGAUGAAGCCUUAGAUUAUCAAACUUCAGGAAAAUCAAAUGAUAAGUGUUAUAUCAUAGAAUUGUUAACAAAUUUAGCAUUCAUAGAAAAUAUUGUAAUAAUGAUGGCUUCUAAAGAUGUGUGGGAAUCAGUGUUAGAUUAUAUUCAAUUUAUAAAAUAUAGCAACAAUGUUAACGAAAUAAAAAUAUUGGAGAAAAUUUCUAAGGAUGUGAGGAACUUCAAAAUCAUCCUUACUGAUGGAUUCAUUAUAUCAACCCAUCAAAGAUUAUGUAGACCAGUUCAUGAACUUGAGAAGUGUGAUAAUUGUAAAAACCGAAACAAAUUGGGUAUACAGAUAAUCAAAAAUGCUACUAGUUCUUUUGAAUCAUCAUUUGCAGAAGAUAUAAUGAUCAAUAUAAUGAAUGAUAAUAGUACAUUGGCUACAAAUCAAAAUCUUAAACUUUUAGUUACUGUAACUCUUCCCCAUGUUAUUCAAAGCCAACCAAAUAAAUUGCUUGCAUUUCUAUCUCGUUAUAAAAUAUUUGAUAACUUGUGUAAUAUAAUUAAAGAUGGCCAAAAUGAAUUAUUUGAUGAUGCUGUUGGAGCGUUGCUGGCUUUAUUUACAACAUUAAAUAUAACAUAUCCAAAACCAGUAAGCAAAGUUUGUAAAUCCAAAAACUGUGGUAAAAAUAUUAUAAAACAUGAAACUACUGUAACAUUAGUCUUGGAUGAUGAUACUUUAAUAAAUACAAAUAAAUCGUUUUUGUCGUUGAAAUCUCCAGUGUUUGAAGCUAUGUUUCGAGAUGGAGGUUUCAAAGAAGCAUACGAAAGUACUGUACGUUUAAAUGAUGUAAGUUCUGAAUGUUUUAAUUCAUUUCUGCUUCUACUUGAAGAAUAUUGUGAUUGUCUUCUACCCAAUAAUAUUACUGUGCUCUUAGAAUUAAUAAUGAUCACAGAUAAAUAUAUGUUAUAUGAUUUGUCUAAAAAAAUUAGCAUGGUGAUGAUUAACAAUUCCAUUGCUAUAAAUAAUUGUGACAUAAUUUAUGAAUGGUUAAUAGAAACUGGUCAUAAAUUAAAUUGUGUAUCUAAUGUUGGUUUGGAUGUUGUCAAAUGUUUAUUUUCAUCAAAUUCAAGAUUUCCUGAACGUGUAGAAGCUAUUAAAAAAAUUACUACAAGUUGUUAUGGAGAGAAUUUUAUCAAAGAUUUAUCAACUAUAUUAAAAAUUGGAUUCAGUAGUAUUUGUAAUGAUGAUAAAUUUACUAAAUUUUAUCUGAAAACAUUUGAUUGUAAUGAAGAUUGAUGUAAAAGUAUGACUAAAUAGUAACAGGGUGCUCUAUUCUAUUUUAAAAUUAUGGUAUACUAAAAUUAUACUGUUAAAUGAGAAAAUGCACAAAUAUUAUGCUCAUAUAUCCCACCAACAACUUUCUACUGCUGACAACCAACUAGAAUUUGGAUUAUAAUGUGUUUUCCAUGCAUUCCCUUUUUGAAUAGAGUACAGUAUGGUACUGUUUAUCUAAAAAAAAUGUAAGAACUCAUGUAAAUAAU